GAAAUUGAAUCCAGUUAAAAUAGCUGCGAGUUGCAACCUGUUAUUUUGUGAUAGGCGCGCUCUGUGUUAACCUGUAAACAUAUUCGGUGAUACCUUAGAAUUAUUUCUAUAAUUUUGCAAGACCAUAUCAAACUUAAUUCAACAAAAUGCCCCCAGCACAAGACCCAAUAAACAAGGAGAACCUCCACAACGAAUUUGGCAAGAACGUCAACAUAAAGUCCCCAGUCAAGAACAAUGUUUUGAGCCUUCGAAAUGAUAAUGUAACUGAAGAAACUAUGGAGGUAGAAGCCGAAAAAAAUGAGGUGGCCGUGUUUGACCCACAAAAGGAGCCCCUUCUGAGGGACAACCCGCGUCGCUUUGUGAUAUUCCCUAUUCAGUACCCUGACAUCUGGGAGAUGUACAAGAAGGCUGAGGCUUCAUUCUGGACUGUGGAGGAAGUGGAUCUAUCUAAAGACUUAUCAGACUGGGAGACACUGAAGGACAGUGAGAGGCAUUUCAUCAAGCAUGUGCUGGCAUUCUUUGCUGCAUCAGAUGGCAUUGUCAAUGAGAACUUGGUGGAGCGCUUCUCCCAAGAGGUGCAAGUGACUGAAGCUCGGUGCUUCUAUGGCUUCCAGAUUGCCAUGGAGAAUGUACACUCUGAAAUGUACUCUCUACUUAUUGAUACAUACAUCAGAGACCCUAAGGAGAGAGAUUUCCUGUUCAAUGCUAUUGAAACCCUGCCUUGUGUCAAGAAGAAGGCCGACUGGGCCCUACAGUGGAUAGCCAGCAAGUCAGCUACAUUUGCAGAGCGCAUCAUAGCAUUUGCUGCUGUUGAAGGAAUAUUCUUCUCUGGAAGCUUUGCCUCUAUUUUCUGGAUGAAGAAACGUGGGCUGAUGCCUGGCCUGACAUUCAGUAAUGAGCUGAUUUCUAGGGAUGAGGGUCUUCACACAGACUUUGCUUGCUUGAUGUUCAGGCAUUUAGUUCAGAAGCCUAGCAAGGAGCGAGUGCUGCAGAUCAUCAAGGAUGCUGUGGUCAUCGAACAAGAGUUCCUGACAGACGCGCUGCCCGUCAGACUGCUCGGCAUGAACUGCGACCUCAUGUCCGACUACAUCGAGUUUGUUGCCGACAGACUGCUUGUGGAACUUAUUGGCGAAAAGCACUACAACACAAAAAACCCAUUUGACUUCAUGAAUCUCAUCUCACUGGAAGGCAAAACUAACUUCUUUGAAAAGAAGGUCAGCGAGUACCAGAAGUGGGGAGUGAUGUCUAACCAGAUGGACAAUGUAUUCACACUAGAUGCUGAAUUCUAGACAAUUUAGUAACAAAGCAAUAGUUCUCAGUUACUGACAGUAUUAUUAAUUCCAAUAUCUACACCAUUUACAGGCAAAAAAUAUUAGGUUGUUGAGAUUGCUUGGAGGCGUGAAUGAUACAGACAAAAUACCGGUGGACCCGGUAAUCCAAAUCCCUUUUAUUCUCGAUCCCUGGUUUGACAUUAUGUUUUUAAUUUGACAUUUGAAAUUUGUGUUUUGACUAUUAUUAUAUAAGUUUCUAAAGAUUGACCACUUUCCUGGUCCAUAACAUAAGUGACCAACUUUUCUUUUAUCAGGACAGGAAAGUUUCUUAGAUUAAUUUAGUACCUUAAUAGUUUAUAUUAUAGCUCUUAUAUUAAUUUUUUUAAUGAACUAGAAAGUAAUUGAUAGACUAAUUUCUAAAUGAUAAUAUAUUUUUAGUAAAUGGAAUCAUUUCAAGAUGAUUUAUUCUGUGAUAGGUAAUAAUAAUGUUCUACUUAUACUUUGCUGAAAAAGUAAAUUGCUGCUUUGAUUAUGAUAUGUAAGAGUGUUAAGAAAUAUCUUUUAUAAAUAAAUUUUGUAAACCUGAA